AUGUUGUCUGUUUACGGCGUGGGCCUGAGGCUGCGCCGGGGUCGCGGGCACGCGCACGAAGCUCCACGCCCGGAAGUGGCGCCCGGCCCCGCCCCCGCCACGCCUUCUUUCUCGGAGCUGCUCGGACCUGGCGGCUCAGCCCAGCCCCCUCGGGCCGCUAGCGGAGGGCGCGGGCCUCCUUCGUUCCGGCUCCCGCGCUUCGCGCUGCAUUGCCCCGGUGUGCCGAGGCCCCGGCAGAUUGCAAACGGAAUGCUGCUGGUAAACGUAGAAGGGGUUGAUGGCUCGGCGUCUAACGUCCCAGAGGCGCGAGCGCGUCGAGGCGCGAAGGCGGUGCCUUGGAGUGCCCGGCGUCCCGCGGACGGAGCGCGGAGGUCCAGACCUUGCAGGUGUGGCUGAAAGUGGCAGACUGGCUUAUUCGGCGGCCCGGAGCCAUUGGUUGUCAGUUAACCCUACUUGAUAAAAUGGAGUUAAGUUUACUAUAUGGAGUUUAUGGAGCGGCGGCGAACAGCAUCCUCCAGCCUAGCAACGCGCGUACAUGGCCUGGCCCCUCCUGUAGGCGACAGUCCUAGCUAGGCGCCAUCAUUUUAACAAAAGUUGUUCAGCCCAAACAUGCGCUUGGAUGGAAUUUAGAGCUUAUGGCUCCACCCUAAACCAGAAACUCAGAAUAUCAGUUUAGGUAUUUGGGUGCUCAUCCAGGAGGCCUGGUGGCGCAGUUGUCACGCGCUGGCGACUAACCGAAGGGUCGGCAAUGGGAACCCACCAGGUGCCGGAGGAGAAAGAUGUGGCAGCCUGCUUGCAAAGAUAUAGGGCUUUAGAAACCCUCCGGGACGGUACUGUUCUGUCCUUUAGAGCUGCUGUGAGCUGUAAUCAGUCCUGUGGCAAUGGGUUGGUUUGGUAGGGUUUGAGGUGCUCAUGAAAACAGGGUUGUUUAGGAUUUUCUGCUACCUAGCUUUUAUUAGUAAGUUCCUGGGUUAACUUGACUACUAGCCAAAAGUUUGGUGGUUCAAACCCAACCAGAGGAACCGGGGAAGAAAGGCCCGACAACUUGCUUCUGAAAUGUCAGAGCCUUGAAAACCCUGCGGAGCAGUUCUGCUCUGUACACAUGCGGUCAUUAUGAGUCAGAAUCGACUUGAUAGCAACUAAUGAUAGCUCUUAUCACAUCUCAACUAAGAUGUAUUUGGAAUACUUGAAAAACCUGCUGCUCCUAUAUUCUAUAUUCUUUUGUGCAUCAAUUUCUGUUAUACGUUGACUGUACUGUAGAGUCCUAAGCACAACUUCUUUCAAUACUUUGUUACACUCUCAAUUUUUAGCCAUAGUGGGGUGGGGGUGGGGGGAAUGGAACCUGCAAGGUGAGGGCACCUUUUGUUGUAUCCUUUGCAAAAUGCCAUGGGUGAAAUUUCUCGUGGAGUGUACUAUGAGGAAAAACUUUGCUUCCUUUUUUUUUUUUUUAUAUUUCUGAGAAUAUGUUCAAUUUGAUGCUAGGAAACUCAGAAUUAUAUUUACAGCUCCACUCUUAACAAUUUUGUGGAAACUUAGACUGCUUUAUUUAUGUUUCUGUUUUUCCAAUUUUUUUUCUGUUAUUUGUAUUUUUCUGGUUUUUAUUUCUGUUUUAUAAUUACAUUUUCGUAUUUUAAGUUGCCACAAAACUUUUUGAAAAUGUAGCCAAGCAUCUAGCACAGCUCUGGUACACAGAAGGCACUCAAUAAAUAUUAGUUGCAUUCACUCAAGUGAGUCGAAAAGUGAUAUAUUAAUACAAAGGGGUAUUUAUUUGAUAAUGAAAGAAUUAGAAAACACUUUCCUGGAAUCUUUAUAGCCUUAAAACCUAAUUUAUCACUUCUGUAAUUGCUCUUCACUUUGUAUUGGUCUCUGUUUGUUUUUCAGUACCUUUACAUUGCCUUUUCAAUAGAUUGUAAAUUCAGGGGAAAGAGCUAUAGAACACCUGAUAGUGCCAUUUAAAGUAACAUAACCUCAGAAAAUACUUACGAUUGAUUAGGACAACUGUAAACCAAAAAAAAAAAAAACCAUUGCCCUCAAGUGGAUUCCCACU